AUGGCUGAUGAUCAACGAGCAAAAAUCAUAUCUCUUAACAGAAAAAGAGGUAGUAUAAAAUCCUCUUUAACAAAGCUGAACUCUUUUAUCGAAACGAAUGAUUCAAAGGACUCAAUAGUGUAUCAAACUAAACUGGAUAAUCUUCUCAGGAUUAAACAAAACCUAGAACAGAUUAAAGAAGAGUACUUCGUCACAGCCGAGGAUUCCGAAUUACAAGAAUUGGAAGAUUCGGUAGAAGAAUUAGAAGAAGAGUGCGAAAGACUAGAGAUUUUAGUUGUGCCACAUCAAAGAGACUAUUUACGAAUUUUAUGGUUUGAUGAAAACUCUCAUCAAGAAGUAACAUUUAGAUUAAAAACUGUGACAUAUGGCACUUCAUGUGCACCUCAUCUUGCCAUACGCACCAUUAAACAAUUAGCUUUAGAUGAAGCGUCGGACUUUCCGUUAGCAUCGGAAAUGGUUUUACGCGACCUUUACAUGGAUGAUGGGAUUACAGGCGCCCCGGAUAUCCAAACUGCUCAAAUUCUACAACAACAGCUGAUAAAAAUGUUCGCAAGAGCAGGAAUGUCCUUACAUAAGUGGACUUCAACCUCACAAGAACUUUUAAAUAGUUUUCCAACUUCUAAUCCUGAAAACAAUUUUCCCAUAGAUGAGCAGGUCUCAAAGGCUCUUGGCAUGCAUUGGAAGCCUUUCGAGGAUUUAUUCAUAUUCACAGUCAAGUAUGAAAAUAAAUCUAUGCUCACGAAACGAACAGUUCUCUCAGUCGUUGCCAGACUCUACGACCCCUUGGGUCUGCUAGGACCAGUUAUCUCUAAAAUGAAGAUUUUUCUCCAAAAAUUGUGGUUGCAAAAACUUACAUUUGACGAGCCCCUUCCUCCAGCCAUUGGUAAAGAGUGGAGUCAUUUAGUUCAAUCCCUUAGGGCUCUUGAGCUAGUAAAGAUUCCGAGAUGGAUUUUAAAUGAAAAUCCUGUAAAAUUAAUUCUUCAUUGUUUCUCAGACGCCAGUGAAGCCGAAUAUGGAGCAGUUAUUUAUCUACAGUGCAUCAGUGCCAAUGAUAUAGUCACAUCUAGACUUGUGUGCAGCAAAUCUCGAGUCUCCCUAUUAAAGACUGUCUCCAUUCCCAGAUUGGAACUUUGUGGAUGUCUUCUCGCCGCUCAACUACAGGCCAAGGUUGAAAAAGCUUUACAUCUACAAAUUGAUAGCGCAGUGAUGUACACAGAUUCUACUAUUUCCCUAGCCUGGAUUCAAACACCACCACAUCGUCUCAAGACAUUUGUUGCAAAUAAAGUGGGAAAAAUACAACAACUGACGCAGAACAACAAAUGGCAGCAUGUUUCCUCCACUUUAAACCCCGCAGAUGUGAUAUCAAGAGGACUAGUUCCAGAACAACUGAUUGACAACUAUUUAUGGUGGAAUGGACCAACAUUCCUUCAAGAACUACCUGUUUCUGUGAACUGUGCUGACCAACAAAUGAUUGAUGCAUCUCAGGAUUCUCAAUUUUUAUUGGAACUCAAGGACAAUACCACUCACACCUUAGUGACUUUAAAUUCAGAUUUCCUUACUAACUUUUUCAAAAUUAGUAAUAAGUAUAACAAAUUAAUACGUGUUUUCAGUUUUCUCCUCAGAUUUCUAGGAAACUGCAGAAACAAGAAGAUGAAGGGUUCACUCUCCUCAAAGGAAAUCGAGGAAGCAGAAUUUAAAUUAAUUUCCCUUGUACAACAAAAUGUUCUUGCUGAUGACUUCAAAAACUUAGCAAGUGGUAAACAGGUAAACCCUUCUAGCAAAUUAAAAGGUUUAUCACCUUUUUUAGAUGAAGGUUCUAAUGUAAUUAGAGUAGGAGGCAGACUUAGAAAUGCCGACAUACCAUUUCAGGUCUGCCGUUUCACCGGAGAUCUGACGGACUUCCAAAGUACAGUACUAAAGAUAACUUUGGAUAAGAGGAGCCGGAUUUGUUUUACUGAAUUGAACAUGGCAGCUCUAAACAAGUUCAAUCAUUUGGGAGAGGAAAAGGCUUUAGAAGUGGCUGCUGAAGACCGAAUUGAUUUCUUCAUUACAAAAUUAAACGAUUUUGUAGAUGAAUUGAAGAAAUUUUCUGUCGAGGAAAAACAAGUUAAAAUUUACACGGAAGCAUUAGUUGUUAAAAAUGUAGAAGCAUUUGAAGCGGAAAAGAACGCAUUUUUUAAUCAUAAUGAUGGACUGAUUGUGGUGCUCUUUCCUCCAAAAUUUUAG